AUGGCCGGGCCGCCCUCGCCGUCCGGUAAACCCUACUCGCGCAAAUCUCACGCUAGCUCCAAGGCUCCCAGCGUCCCCUCCUUCGACGCCCACAACGGCCCGCUCCUCCCCACCGUCACCUUCUCGCUGCCCUCCACGACCGCCUCCCGCCGGGAGCUGCGCCGCCGCCUCUCCGCCGAGCUCUCCCAGGUGCGCGCCGCCGCCAAGCGCCUGAACUCCCUCUCGGCUCCCGCCCCCUCCUCGGCGCUCUCCGCCACCGACCCCUCCACGCCGCUCCCGCCGCACCCGCCGGCGUCCAAGCACAAGUCCAAGAAGGGCGGGGGUGCCCCGCACCCGCACCCGCACCCGCACCUCUCGGCGGAGGCGCGGCGCAAGCUCUACGCGCCCGUGUUCAAGACCUGCUCCGCGCUGCUCCAGAGGCUGAUGAAGCACAAGCACAGCUGGGUGUUCAACAGGCCGGUAGAUGCGAGCGCUCUUGGCCUGCACGACUACCAUACAAUCAUCACCAAGCCCAUGGACCUCGGCACAGUCAAGUCAAAGCUAGGGGCCGGACAGUACAAGUCACCACGGGAAUUCGCAGGUGAUGUGCGUCUGACGUUCCAGAAUGCCAUGACGUACAACCCCAAGGGGCAGGAUGUGCACUUCAUGGCCGAGCAGCUGCUGAACAUGUUUGAGGAGAAGUGGCCAGAGAUUGAGGCUGAAGUAGCUCAGCUAUCCCCACAGCCUCCGACACCAUCCUCAGCAGCACCCAGGAAGCCAAAGGAGAUAGAUAAUUCUAGGGUAUUAGAGGGGUCGGAUUCGACAGUUCAUGCUGCAGGGAUGGAGGCUACCCCGAAGACACACACUGGCAGACCCCCAGUUUUAAAGAAGCCCAAGGCAAGGGAGCCCAAUAAGAGGGAUAUGACAUUCUGGGAGAAGCAGCGGCUUAGCAAUAACCUCCAGGAUUUGCCUCCGGAGAAGCUAGACAAUGUUGUUCAGAUCAUAAAGAAGAGGAACUUGUCACUCAGCCAGCAUGACGAUGAGAUUGAGGUUGAUAUCGAUAGCUUUGAUGUUGAAACAUUAUGGGAGCUUGAUAGAUUUGUGACAAACUAUCGGAAGAGUAUAACUAAGAAUAAGCGGAAGGCUGAGCUUGAGCUUUCUGCGGUAAGGCCAGAUGAAGCUGAUCCUGAUCAGGAGCCGGAGAAGGUAGAACAUGUGAGGCAGGACGAGGCAGAUCAGGAUCAAAUUCCUGCAGUACAAGAGCCGAUUCCAGAACCAGAAGCAGUUGAUGUUGAGCCACCUAAGGACAAUGCAGCAGAUGACAAUGAGAGAUUUGUGGGUGAAUCAUCACCUGGUCAUUUGGAAGAUCAGAAGGGAGAGAAUACUGGUAGAUCAAGUAGUUCUGGAAGCUCUAGCAGUGACUCGGGGUCAUCCUCUAGUGAUACGGACUCAGAUAGUUCAUCAGCAGAUGGUUCUGAUGCUGCACAAUCACCCAGAACGUUUGCUUGGUAUCAUUUCCCAUUUUCAUCAUCGAGGAAGUAUCAGGCCAAUGUGCUUCGUUUGUUCCGUGGCCUCUUCCACCCUUCGGUGGACGCGAACGCGAACGCAUCGCGUUAUCCCGGCUCCGGCCAAAUGCACCCGCUCCGCCGCCUACCGUUGCUCCCACUGCCACGCGGUCCCUCACCCCGCCGUCUGCUAUCGGCCGCGGCAUCCUCCUCCGCCGCCGCUUCGCCGCUUCCAUGGCCAGGCCUCCACGCCUGGCGCCGGGCGCCGCCCAGCGACCUCCGCACGUGGGGCCCGAACGGUCCCUGCGCCUCCGACGUCGAUGAGUCGGCGGCUGACGCCGGCGCGGGCUCGUCGCUGGCGGAGAUGGGGGCGCUCGUGCUGUCCACCGCCGAUCCCCUCGCCAAGGCGCGGCUCACCCACGCUGCCUUCUCCCGGUGGGCCGCCGGGCUCCCCGUCGGCCAGGCGACGGCGCCCGACCACCCCGCUAGGCCCGAUAAGCCCCUCGUGGUGACGCAGAAGGAGAUUACCACGCACAAGGAGAUGGGAGUGCCACUCAACGCGUACAUGCUGCACAACCUGGCGCACGUCGAGCUCAACGCCAUCGACCUCGCGUGGGACACCGUCGUGCGGUUCGCGCCGCUCAGGGAUACGCUAGGGGACGGGUUCUUCGCGGAUUUCGCGCGUGUGGCCGAUGACGAGAGCCGACAUUUUCGGUGGUACUCGCAGCGGCUCGCGGAGCUCGGGUUCAGUUAUGGUGAUAUGCCUGUUCACAAUCUUCUGUGGAGGGAGUGUGCAAAGUCCUCAAGUGACGUUUCUGCACGAUUGGCAGUGAUUCCUUUGGUCCAGGAAGCCAGAGGCCUUGAUGCUGGACCAAGAUUAGUGCAAAGGUUAUUUGGUUUUGGGGACCAUCGAUCUGCAGACAUUGUGGCACGAGUAGCAGAGGAAGAGCUUGCACAUGUUUCUGUAGGUUUGUAUUGGUUUCUCAAAGUAUGCCAAAUGAUGGGUCGUGAACCGGGUGAUACUUUUAAAGACUUGAUAAAGGAGUACGACGUUGUACUGAAGGGUCCAUUCAACUAUCCGGCUCGUGAUGAAGCUGGUAUACCCCGUGAAUGGUAUGACGAGAAGUUCAAACAAGAAGCUGCACAAAAACUUUCAGAGGUCCAUGAUAGACUAGCUUGUAUUGUUGAGAUGGAGAAAGAGAAUGCAAGUUUGAAUGGCUAA